AAUCAAACUUGGCCAGGUCUACAGAAGGACUUGGACAGAGGCAGAAAACCAUGCCCCUCCAGGAGGGUGUAAGGGAGAAGAUACAGGGUCAGAGAGAUAGGAGAGGAAGGAAAAAAGAGGAACGCGCAUGCAUGGAACCUCAUUAAAUCCUCAUCCUUAUCCUCAUCCUGGCAGGCUGAUCUUAUGGACUCUAUUUUACUGAUAUGGAAACUGAGGCUCAGGCUAAGUUACUUUCUCAAGUUUGCAGAACUAGUAAGUGGUAGACAGGAUUGGCUCCACAACCCCACUAUUUUGUCUAACCCUGGCUGCCCCAUUGCAGGGCUAGAAGUGGCCCUCACAGACCUCCAGAGCUCCAGAAAUAAUGUGCAGCACCACACGGAGGAGAUCACUGUGGACCACCUGCUUGUUCGCCGGGGCCAGGCCUUCAACCUCACCCUGUACUUCAGGAACCGGGGCUUCCAGCCAGGCCUGGACAACAUCAUCUUCGUGGUUGAGACUGGACCGCUGCCAGACCUGGCCUUGGGGACUCGGGCUGUGUUCAGCCUGGCACGCCAUCACAGCCCCAGCCCCUGGAUUGCCUGGCUGGAGACCAAUGGGGCCACCUCCACAGAGGUGAGCUUGUGCGCUCCUCCCACGGCGGCCGUGGGUCGGUACCUCUUGAAAAUCCACAUCGACUCCUUCCAGGGGUCUGUGACGGCCUACCAGCUAGGGGAGUUCAUCCUGCUUUUCAAUCCCUGGUGCCCAGAGGAUGCUGUCUACUUGGACAGUGAACCCCAGAGGCAGGAGUAUGUCAUGAAUGAUUAUGGCUUCAUCUACCAAGGCAGCAAGAACUGGAUCCGCCCAUGUCCCUGGAACUAUGGACAGUUUGAAGACAAAAUCAUAGACAUCUGCCUGAAGCUGCUAGACAAGAGCCUGCACUUCCAGACUGACCCAGCCACAGACUGUGCUCUGCGGGGAAGCCCCGUCUACGUCAGCAGAGUGGUGUGUGCCAUGAUCAACAGCAAUGAUGAUAAUGGGGUGCUCAAUGGAAAAUGGAGUGAGAAUUACACAGAUGGCGCCAACCCUGCGGAGUGGACGGGCAGUGUGGCCAUCCUGAAGCAGUGGAACGCCACAGGCUGCCAGCCCGUGCGCUACGGGCAAUGCUGGGUCUUUGCUGCCGUCAUGUGCACAGUGAUGAGGUGUCUGGGGAUCCCUACCCGUGUGAUCACCAACUUCGACUCUGGCCACGAUACAGAUGGAAACCUGAUCAUAGAUGAGUAUUACGACAACACAGGCAGGAUUUUGGGGAAUAAGAAGAAGGAUACUAUCUGGAACUUCCAUGUCUGGAAUGAGUGCUGGAUGGCCCGGAAGGAUCUGCCCCCUGGAUAUGGAGGCUGGCAGGUGCUGGACGCCACACCUCAGGAGAUGAGCAACGGCAUCUACUGCUGUGGCCCUGCCUCUGUCAGAGCCAUCAAAGAAGGAGAAGUGGACCUGAACUAUGACACGCCCUUUGUGUUUUCGAUGGUGAAUGCUGACUGCAUGUCCUGGCUCGUUCAGGGAGGGAAGGAGCAGAAGCUUCACCAGGACACGAGUUCUGUUGGCAAUUUUAUCAGCACAAAGAGCAUCCAGAGUGACGAGCGGGAUGACAUCACAGAGAACUACAAGUAUGAAGAAGGAUCCCUCCAGGAGAGGCAGGUGUUUCUGAAGGCUCUGCAGAAGCUGAAGGCUAGAAGCUUCCAUGGCUCCCAAAGAGGAGCAGAGUUGCAACCUUCUGGGCCCACAUCACUGAGCCAGGACAGCCCUCGGAGCCUGCAUACACCUUCCCUUCGACCCAGUGAUGUGGUGCAAGUCUCCCUGAAAUUCAAGCUGCUCGACCCGCCCAACAUGGGCCAGGAUAUAUGCUUUGUCCUGCUGGCCCUCAACAUGUCCUCCCAGUUCAAGGACCUCAAAGUGAACCUGAGUGCCCAGUCUCUGCUGCACGAUGGCAGCCCCCUGUCCCCAUUCUGGCAGGACACAGCAUUCAUCACACUCUCUCCUAAAGAAGCAAAGACCUACCCCUGCAAAAUCUCCUAUUCCCAGUACAGCCAGUACCUGUCAACAGACAAGCUGAUCCGCAUCAGUGCCCUGGGUGAAGAGAAAAGCAGUCCUGAGAAAAUCCUGGUGAACAAGAUCAUCACCUUAUCUUAUCCAAGCAUCACGAUUAAUGUUCUAGGAGCAGCCGUUGUGAACCAGCCACUCUCCAUACAGGUGAUAUUUUCAAACCCCCUCUCGGAGCAGGUUGAGGACUGUGUGCUGACUGUGGAAGGAAGUGGCCUCUUCAAGAAACAGCAGAAAGUCUUCCUUGGAGUCCUCAAACCCCAACACCGAGCGAGCAUCAUUCUGGAGACCGUCCCCUUCAAGAGUGGACAAAGGCAGAUCCAAGCUAAUAUGAGAAGCAACAAGUUUAAGGACAUUAAGGGUUACAGGAAUGUUUAUGUAGACUUUGCAUUAUAAAUUCUGGAACAACGCGCCAGAUGUGUGAAUUUCAAGCUUCAGGAAAAGGAGCAAGUUCAAAUGCAAGCUGCGCCAUUCCCCACCACAACAGAGGCUUCACAGGGCUCCAGCAAGAGCCGCAGAGGGGAUGACGUGUUCAUUUUCUGUCUCCCCUGACUCCACUAGAAAUUUAAGCUCCAUGAGGGCAAAGACUUUGCUUUGUUUACUACCCCUAUACUCAGAACCAUUUCUGGCAUAUGCUAGGCACUCAAUAAAUAUUUUUUGAAUGAA